AUGGAAGUUCUGGAGGCUCUUAUUGAUCGGUGCCACGAGGAUGAGUUGCACCUCUCUGUCUUGAUUGCUAAAAAGAUAUGGGCACGCCGUAAUCUGGUGGUACAUGGAGGAGAGUUCAUCCAUCCCAAUCGAGUAGUGCGUGAGGCGGAAGACAUGCUGCAAUGCUUUAUCACACCACUAGGAGACGGCAAUAAGGGAAUAGCUACCGGAGCUUCAGCGGUCCCUGUGCAAACCAACAAUUGGUAUGAUGUUGAUUCUGAAGAAGAGGUUUUUUCAUAUUAUAAGCAAUAUGCCAAGCAAGUAGGUUUUGGUGUGACAAAAAGAUCUCGUAGACUUGGAGAUGAUGGAAAUGUAAGAUACUUCACCAUUGCAUGCCUUCGUGAGGGCAAGUCAAAAAGCAAAGCAUCUAAUAUCGUUUGGCCAAAACCAAUGGAGAGAAUGGGGUGCAAGGCAAAGAUCAAUGCAAAAGUAAGUCUAGAUGGAAGAUUUACAUUGUCUAGUGUCGUGCUUGAACACACUCAUGUAGUAAGCCCAAGCAAGGCAAAAUAUUUUAGAUGCCAUAAGAAGUUAAAUUCUCGUGUGAAAAGAAAGCUUGAACAACUAGAUGAUGCUGGAGUUCGUCCAAGUAAAAAUUACAAAGCUCUUGCUAUUGAAGUGGGUGGGUAUGAUAAUCUUCCAUUUGGAGAGAAAGAUUGUCGAAAUUGCAUUAACAAAGUAAGGAAUGAGUUACUUGGAGAAGGAGAUGCCAAAGCAUUGUGUAACUAUUUAAUGAGAAUGCAACAAAAAAAUAACCGCUUCUUCUAUGUCAUAGACCUUGAUGAAGAAAGACAUUUGAAAAAUGUGUGUUGGGCAGAUGCACGAAGUAGGGCAGCAUAUGAAUCGUUUGGAGAUGUCAUAAGAUUUGACACCACAUACUUGACUAAUAAAUACAAGAUGCCGUUUGCACCUUUUGUUGGAGUGAAUCACCAUGGUCAAUCCAUAUUUUUUAGGUGUGGGUUACUAUCAAAUGAGAAUACCGAUACUUUUGUGUGGUUGUUCGAAACAUGGUUGAAAUGCAUGUCAGACCGAGCUCCAAAUGCAAUUAUAACUGAUCAAGAUAGAGCUAUGCAAGCUACAAUUCGGAGACAACAAGUAGUUGAGAAAUAUAAUCUUCAAGAGAAUGCAUGGUUAUGUCAAUUAUAUGGAGAGCGGCAUCAAUGGGUACCGGCAUAUGUGACAGGUACAUUUUGGGCCGGAAUGUCCACUACACAACGAAGUGAGAGUAUGAAUGCCUUUUUUGAUGAUUAUGUGGGGUCAAAGACUCCGUUGAAGAAAUUUGUUGGGGAUUAUGACAAUGCUUUGAUAAGAAUGGUGGAGAACGAGCGUCUAGCUGAUUUUGGUUCUUACAAUAAAAUGUUUCCACUUAUAACUCUUCAUUCUAUUAAGCGUCAACUUCAAGCUAUUUACACAAAUGAAAAGUUCAAAGAAGUUCAAGAAGAGUUUAAGGGAUUCAUGAUGAUGUAUUUGCCAUCCUUACUAAAAUGCGAAGGUGCGAUUUCUACAUAUGAAGUUAUUGAUCGUCAUGCCCUUAUUGUUCUUACCUUGGUGAAAGAUGUGAAAGAGUUGCCAUCCAAAUAUAUUCUUGACCGAUGGAGGAAGGACUUGAAACGAAAAUAUACUUUCGUUAAAAGUAGUUAUGACGAUUUGAGUGGCAAUCCUAAAGCACAAAAAUAUCAUGAUUUAUGCAAUGAUUUUUCUGAAGUAGCAUUUCUCACAUCAGAUUACAAUGAAACCUAUAUGACAAUGAAGGCUUGUGUACGUAAGUUAAAGGAGGAAUUGCUUUGUAAUGGGUUAAGAAGUGGAAGCAGUUUGAGUAGUGCACCUUCUCUUCACAUUCCCAGUGGAUAUUCGAUUUGUAAUGAAGCAACUGAUGGGAGGUAUUAG